AUGCUCAUCAUCGACGUCAAACAAGCCCUAGAGCAGAGGAACGAGUCCGUCCGAACCGUUUCGGUCCGCAAACUUAUCGAUGUCAUGACCAAGACGGUGGUAGCCUGCGCAGCUAAAAUGGCGGCGUACCAAGCUCUCAUGCCCCCUCCACGACCUGCGCCUGCCCCCCUGCCUCCCCAAGCCGCUGCAUAUCGCUCUACUCAGCCGAUCAAGGCAGUUUCAGCCAUUCCUGCCGCGGCCCCUCCCACAGCGGCCGAAGCGCAGGGCUGGCUCGACCCAUCCAUCCGCCUCCCAUUAGCCAUGCGGGAGUGCGUGCCCGAGACUACCUGCGACAGAGGGACAUCUGUUUCCGCUGCCGACAACAGGGCCACAUGUCCCACGCUUGUUCCGCCGCACAACCUCAAGUCGCCCAUCUGUCGCCUGUGCUUGCUGUAA